GGACUUGAACAAGUCAUCAAUAAUAUAAACGUUCUCAACAAGAAUCUUGAAGGUGUAAUAGCGAUCGGAAAAGAUUUUGAAAAUGUUGCAUCUCUCUGGAAAAAUUUCAAUAGUGCUAUUGUAAAAAGUGCUUCUGAUGAAGAUUUGAAAGAUGAAG